CACAUUUAGGUGAAAGAUUCGAUGCUAGCAUUGUGAGCAUGGCUUUGCUGUUUGUUUUGGUGCUGUGGCCAAAUUGUGCAGCAGAAGUGACCCCAGAGGUCCUUGCUGCCCGCGAGUGGCGCACAUGGGGCGGUCCAGGUGGUGCGAUGGCCAACGCGGGCCCUGCAUCAUUGCAUCCAGUAGUCAAACCUGGUGACACGAUAUUCUUGAGGGCGUACAAUGGAAACUUUUUGGGAGUGCGCGACUUCAAGGUGAAUGCCAAAGCAUCACCCAAGGCUUCCGCAGAAGCCUUCCGAGUGGAAAAACGUUCCAUCGGGGACAUCUACCAUGGAGACAGGAUAUUUCUCACCAACACGAAUGGGUUCCGCUUGGAAGUGAACGGUUCCGAAGUCACCGCCUUAUCAUCCCAUAUGGGUCCAAGGCAAGAACUUGUGAUCGAACGGAAUGGCGCGAUGUCCCAGCCAAUUGCCGUCGGUGACACCAUCUUUCUCCGGGCGCAUACGGGAAAUCACAUCGACGUGGUAGGAGAAACUGUUAAGGCCCGCUUCCCUCGACAGGGGAUGGGCUAUCAUGCUUUCGUGGUGGAGAAGCAGCCUAGGUGAUCCAUGCCAUUGUCCGGUGAUUCUGCCUGCUGUACAUAUAUUGUGAGCGUACCAAGUCGUUUGUUUGAGGUCAUUUCUGGCUUUGAUCAAUGUCCAAGCCACCUUGACGUGCCAGCAAUGGCCAGCGAUGUUUCACAGGGGCGAGUUCACUCAAACCACAGGAAAAAGUGUAA